AUGACCACGGACCCGAUCCAGGACAUCUACCUCCGCGAAUUGCGCAACUACAAGCCCAAGCCUGAGUCCGCCGCGGAGGCCGCAGAGGCUGUCAAGAAGUGGUCGGCCCCCGCCGCGCCCGGUCUCCCCGAGUCCGCCAAUGCCAGCAUCGCCGAGGAGCUCGCUGCCUACGAGUCUCAGACAGUUGAGGUUGAGGGUCAGGGUUCCGCCGUUGAUGGCGAGGUCGCCGCAAAGGAGGAGGACUGGUUCGAGGAGGACGUUGUUUUCGGUAACGACAACGUUGCUCACCACUAG